CGCGAGUAUUUCGAAAAAUUUAAUGGACUCUGAACAGCAUUGGAAGCAAGUACACGCCGCUCCGAGGGUUUCCAAGCUCAAGAUCUGGGCUACCAACAUACAGACUACUGGGAGACGCGACCAAAUCUCUCGACGGACUCUGAGAAAGCCUGAUCCCAAGAAACAGAGACUGUUUAAUCGAACUACGCUCUCAAAAUGGCUGCCAACUCAUCCUACAAAGACACCCUGCUACCUCUCCUGCUCAAAGCAUCAGUCCUCUCCUUCGGCACAUACACCCUCAAGUCCGGCAGAGUAUCGCCUUACUUCUUCACAUCCUCUCUGCUGCACACAUCCUCAUUACUGGGUGCACUUGCCCGAGCAUAUGCCUCGGUAUUGACCUCUCCACCCUUCUCACUCCCGUUGGGAACAGACGAGGCUGGUUCCGAAGCAGAUGGCUCGUUCUCACCUCACUUCGAUAUCCUGUUCGGUCCGGCUUACAAAGGCAUUCCCCUAAGCGCGGUGGUGACAAGGGAGCUAGAGUUCAGUGGGAAGCAGUUCGCAGGUGUAUCGUACGCGUUCAACAGAAAAGAGGCAAAGGAUCAUGGGGAAGGAGGAACAAUAGUGGGAGCACCACUCGAAGGCAAACGUGUGGUCGUCAUCGACGAUGUUAUGACUGCAGGAACUGCAUUACGGGAAGCAGUCUCCAUCAUCAAGGCCCAAGGAGGCACCGUCGUGGGAGUUGUGCUUCUGCUGACCCGCCAGGAGCGUGUAAGUGAUUCUGAGCCACGAAGCGCAAUGAAGGUUGCAGAAGACGAGCUCGGGGUUCCGGUAGAGGCUGUGCUCAAGUUCGAGGACCUGAUUGAGGCUAUCGAGGCCGGCCAACUGGAAGGUGCUGGCCCGGAACAACUCGAGCAGAUGAAGGUGUACCGCGACAAGUACGGCAGCAAGGAUUGAAUGAGGCUGAAGAAGUAAUGAACCUCUGGUAAACCACGGCCGAAGGACGGACCGCAAGUCGUUUGGGCCGAUCGCCCAUCAGCAAGUGAAGCGUCAAGUAUUUCAAAGCACAGCGCUCUCCUACAGAAAGCAUAGAGACACCUUCUCUUGUGGAACGCCAGGGUUGCAGAGAAUGCGAUGCCCUGUCGACAGCCCAGUGUCGAGCCUACCGCUGUGCUUGAGGCUAUCAGUGUCAGGCAGCCCAGAUUGGAUGCCUGUUUAUCGAACGUGGGCCUAAGUCUUCAUGCAGACCUGGACUGCCAUCAGAGACAGUAUCGCUAAGGUCCCCUGACGGAGGAGCUCGAUCUCUGAUUUUGCCUUACUGGGAGAGGUCACUUUCUGACUUGAGUCUGGCACUAUUUUCUGACAUUCCGGUGUCACGGACGAUUCGUCCGAAGCCUGAAGCUCCAUCUCCAUCACCAUUUUUGCCAAGCAGCUUUCCAGGCACAGCCAUGCUUCUAUGUACCUGCUUGAUAAUCCAGAGCCAGAGCUUUUCGCAAGGAUCAUAUAAAUACCUUCAGAAAUGAAAAUGGAAUGCAAUGCGAUUCGCACAAUGUUCAGACCUCGAUCGACCAA